GUUCGAAUAGUCGGAUAACAACCGCGUGUGUGAAAACGGCGGAAGUGUUACCGCUGGCUUUUACCGGAUAUCGGAUAUUGUAUAAGUCGAUUCUGUCCCAACCAGUUAUGAAACUGUUACACCAUUGCAUAGCUCUGAUUUAUCUCCACGGCGUGCAUGAAGGAUUAUGAGAGAAAUAUCACAAGGCUAAAAUUAUUAAUUAUAUUAUUAAGGAAGCCUUUCGAAAAAUAAUGUGACAAUGAGCCGAAGAGCAAGCUUGUAUGCCAAAGAAAAUCCGGAAGGCAAAAAAGCCAAAGGCGUGCGGUUUUCGGACGAACUUGUGUUUCUGGACAACAUCAAAGAGAAUGACGUCAAAGCCCUGGGCCUCAUGUUACGACGAGCAAGUCUACAGGUGGACAUUAGUGGAAUAAAUGAUGCAGGUCUGACCCCUCUACACCAGGCGGUCCUGGACGGGAACGAGGCUGCAGUGGGGCUUCUGGUGACCCACGGAGCUGACAUCAACAAACAAGACGAGGAUUCGUGGACGCCGCUACACGCUGCCUGCGCAGAAGGACAUGCGCAUAUUGUUCAGUUUCUCUUGGAGAACGGUGCAGACAAAAGCAUAUUGACAGAUGACGGGGAGCGACCUUUAGAUCUCGUGGAUCCGUCCGACAUGGAAACAGUACGUGUAAUGCUUAGCAACAUUCAACCAGAAAACAAAAACCAAUCAGAUGACGAUUUGGAAAAUGACGUCACAGUGCCAGUAACUGGUUAGACAUGAAUAAACAAGUGUCGUCACUAAACAUAACAGUAUUGAAGUUUACGCAAAUAUCGAGUUUAUCAAUUUGUCAUUACUGGAAGGAGAAAAUACUGUGUCACUAUGUCGAUGAAUUGCCCAUCAUAUAUCAUUCGUUUAACGGGUAUGCAUAUGUUCAUUUUUAAUAUCAAAGGAAUUAUUUGACAUUGAUGUUGAUAAUCAGUCGCCCUUUAUUGGUUUUAUUCCAUAGACAUGUCAGUCUAUUGAAGUUGGGAAAAAGAUUAGUAAAUCCGAACAUAUGCGAAAACUUUAAUUGUACAGGUUUGUGUUCUUGUAAAUAUAGCUCGGCAAUAUAAAUUCAACACUGACCUCAA